AUGGUUGCCUGUAUAUGUAUGUGGAUACACCUUGCCACUGAUCUGUCAACGGAGUACCCGUUCGGGAAGGCAAUCUGCCGUGUCGGCUCAUUUCUGCAAGUUCUGUCCGUCACGGUCAGCGUUCUGUCCUUAACAGCUGUUGUGCUGAAUCGCUUCCUUUCGGCUAUUACCAGAACAUUCUCGUGUGUCACUCAAACACGGUACAAACUCACAAUUUUCCUUAUAUGGUUAAUAGGCGUGGUUCUAUCGUUUCCAUGGCUAUUAUAUACAAAACUGGUGGACUUUGAUUGGGCAGGGGGACAUGAACGUUACUGUGUGGAAAUAUUCCCCUCGAAAUCGUCUCGGACAGUUUAUGUGACGUUUUUCACCUGCUGUGUGUAUGCAGCACCACUGACCUUUAUGCUCAUCUUGGCGACUGUGACCUUAGCCCACCCGUCACACACGCCGUCAGCACCAACAUCCCAGAUGGCGCUGCGGAUGAAAAGAAGAGCUCAGCAGAUGAUCCUGGUUGUCCUCAUCACGUUUAUUAUAUGCUGGACACCUCAACAAGCCACGUUACUGUGGGACGUGUAUCGAGAUCCGGACAUUCCAAAACCCACUAACAUCGCAGCUAUAAAAUACACCGCUAUUUACCUCGCCUACUCGAACAGUGCCAUCAACCCGAUCAUUUACAUCGUAUUCAAUGACUGCUUUCAACAUGUACUAUGGAAAUUUGCACGAUGUAAGAUUAGACCAAAUGCUGAAAUCCGUGUGACCCCGGCCUCCGCUCAGGUAUGCUCGGUAAUUUCCGUGUCCAGCAGCUGA